UAAUCGAAAAGAGUGUGUAUGUAAUCUGAAGCUAGUGAUUGGCAGUCAGCAUUUUGUUGGACUUUUCAUACACUAUUUCCACACAGCUAUUAUAUAUUGUUUUUUUCUUAACGAUCCAGGCUGCUACGAUUGACCACCCAUGUGAGUUUAAACUCGAGAAAUUUCAUCUCAAACUAGUAAAAACCACAAUCCUGCGCACUUUAAUCAGCAAUACUUAAGCAACCAUCAAAACCCUCUCUUGCUUUUCUACUGAAUUUGUUCUGGAUUCUCACAGGGCCUGAUGACUGUCCUAGUAGUGUUGCUAGUGUUAUUGUUGACUGAUCCAACAGUUUCACAGUCAACCGACGAUGUUAACAAUACUAACAUUUCAAACCACUGCCGUGGUAGAGCUCCAACCUCAAAUUUCAUCAGGAAUCGAAACUCUACCUUCGAUGAAAUGAGAAGGCGAUUAUUGAGCGAAAGAGUACUAUAUGCUAGAGCACAAGAUUUAAGUGGUGGAGACUCGGUUUUCGCAGCAGCCCAGUGCCGGAACUACCUAUCUGUCGAGCAGUGUGUGGCUUGUUUUGAUGUUGCCUUUUCCGAACUGGCCAAGUGCAUAGUAAGCAACGGCGCUUACGUCUUUCUUGAUGAAUGCUACGUCAGGUACGAGUCGUUUGAUGACUUCUAUGAUAACCCAAAUGCAACAGUGGACGGGGCAAGCACCCAACUUUCAUCUUGUGGCAAUGUGUCAACAAAUCGAUCAUUAGCAGAAUAUACACAAAGUGUAGAUGAGUUUUUAUCAGAUAUCAGAGAUGCUACUCCAAAAACAUCUAAUUUGUAUGUAGCAAACAUCAGGCAAGUCACAAGUGGAAAUGCAACAGUGUAUGCUAUUGCACAAUGUGCUGAAAAUAUAAACCCAGCCAUUUGUGGAACUUGCAUGAGUACAGCAUAUAGCAAAUUAAAAGAGUGUCUUCCCAACACAGAAGGAAGGUUUUUCGAUAUGGUUUGUUUCGCAAGGUAUUCAGAGACUCCGUUUUUCAGUGCUAACCAGACAAUAGAUAUCACAAAUAUCCUAAGAGGCCGACAUUCAAGUAAGGUAGCCACAAUUGGCGGAGCCAUUGGUGGUGUAGUUCUCUUAUUCCUUAUAUUUGUAUCAUGGUUAGCGUAUCGACGACUAAAGAAGAAUUCUAAGACUGAACAAGAGGAUUUGCAAGGGACACUAAAUUACAAUUACAAAGAUCUACAGUUGGCAACCAAUAAUUUUAGUGAAGAAAAUAUGCUUGGGAGAGGAGGUUUUGGUGAAGUGUUCAAGGCAAUCAUUGAUGAUAACAAUGUUGUGGCUGUAAAAAAACUUCAAAUACAUAGCGCAAAAGCAAAAGAAGAAUUUGAGAAUGAAGUCAUGUUGAUAAGUAAUGUUCAUCAUCGAAAUCUUCUACGUCUACUUGGAUGGUCGAGUGAGGGAUCCAAUCUGCUUUUAGUCUUAGAAUAUAUGCCUAAUGGAAGUCUUGACAGGUUCUUAUGGGGUGCCAAAAGGGGUACUUUGAACUGGAACCAGCGUUACGAAAUAAUACUUGGGAUAGCUAAGGGUCUUGCUCAUCUACACAAUGAAUUCCAUAUCAAAAUCAUUCAUAGAGAUAUCAAAUCAAGCAACAUUCUACUUAGUCAUGAUUUUAAAGCCAAGAUAGCGGAUUUUGGGUUGGCAAGGUUUCACCCUGAAGAUGAAACUCAUGUUAAUACCAAGUUUGUCGGGACAUUAGGAUACGCCGCACCAGAAUAUGUACUUUGUGGUACUUUAUCAGAUAAGGUGGAUACUUACAGCUUUGGUAUCGUGAUUCUCGAAAUCAUUAGUGGCCGAAGGUGUACCGACAUGAACUCAGAGAGACCAUCCAUGGAAUACCUGCUAGAACAUGCAUGGAAGUUGUAUGAGAAGAAAAUACAUAUAAAGUUCAUUGAUGAAACAUUGGGAUUGAAUCAGCAUGAACUAGAACAUGUGAUGAAGAUCAUUGAGAUUGCUUUAUUAUGCACUCAAUCACCUGUUUCGAAAAGACCAACUGUGUCUGAAGUGCUUUUAAUGCUUCAAGAUGGCCAAUCAUUGGGGAAAAGAAUGUUAACAAGGCCUACUUUUUUGCACAAUCAAGAUAGGAGGAUUCUUAUAGGUUCUUCGAAGAAUUCUAUUAGUGUUCCGUAAUGUAAUUCAAAUACCAAUCAUCUGCCAGAACACAUGUGUUUAGGAUGCUUUGCUUGUUACUUGCUGGAAUCAAGCUAGGAUGGAGUCUAGAAAUGAACAUUUAAUAACUUGAGUGGUCGAAACAAUGUUUUGUCUUGAGAAAUCUAUGUC